CUAGAUACCGCAGCAAAAAAACUCAUUAAUUUAUACCAUAUACAAAUUUAAAAUACAACUUUUGGCUGCAUAAUGUUUCGGGGGGCGUACAAGGUUAUAACUUUGGUAACGUCGAGAAAUGUCUUGCCUAAGAAUAUAAGAAGACAGCCAUUUAGCGACCUAUUUGACAAGGGUGGCAGAGGCAGUGGCGGUGUCGAACCUUACCAUGUUAAACUUUUGGAAGUCAACAAGGGAAAAGAGGCAAAGAUCAUAGAACUAACCGCGCAAAUCGAGUCUCUUCAAAUGCAGAUCAAAGCUCUUGAGAAAACCACGUCAGCGGAGGCGAGGGCUGCAAAGGAAGAGCUUAUGGUAGUGCUGAAAGACCUUAAAGACGCCCUCCGGAAAUUAAGAAUGAAUAAAUAAUUUUUUUAAAUAUUUGCUUUUAUUGAUAUCUUCCUAUUUUGGAUAUUGUUUGCAAUUUAUUUUUAACAUAUAAUUAAACCAGCAGUUUUUACAUGA